AUGAGCCAGCAAAGGAUCCGAAAGAAGCCAAAAGAAGAUGAUUUUAUAAGUGAAGACGAAUAUGAAGGUUUCGAAACGCCACCUUCUGAAAAGCAGAGAAAAAGUCGCCAAGGCUCUGCUGUAAAAUCAGAAGACAACUAUAGUAUCGGCAGGAAUGAUAACUCACUCGGUGUACUAACAAAAAAAUUCGUUUCACUGAUCCAAAAAGCAGAAAAUCAGUGCAUCGACUUGAACGAGGCCGUUCAAGUGCUAAAUGUCCAAAAGCGCAGAAUUUAUGAUAUCACCAAUGUCCUCGAAGGGAUUGGACUGAUCCAAAAAAAGCACAAAAAUAAAAUCCAAUGAAUCGGAGGAUGCGGCGGACAGGAAAAUAUGCAAUUUGAAGAAAUGAAUACUUUAAACCAAGAACUAGAGAUGCUGAAUAAAGAAGAAGAUCGGCUGGACUAUUGGACCAAUCAAAUUCAAGAGUCACUUAAUCAGCUGACAAAGGACCCAAGCUAUGCAGAGUUUGCAUAUGUCACAUAUGACGAUAUCAAGAGUCUUCCUAACUUAACUGAGUACCCAAAUGAAACUCUAUUAGCAAUCAGAGCGCCUUCAGGAACGUCAUUAGAGGUACCAGACCCAGAGGAGUUUUCUCCUGAGGAAAAGGAAAAAUAUCAAAUUUAUCUUCGCUCCAAUAACGGAGAAAUAUUGGUUUAUGUAGUUUCAAGUGAUAAACCAAUUGAAGAUGAAGAGCCGAAGAUCUUAAGUACAAAUACUUUUAAAGUAUCUUCUACUAUUGCUGAGGAAUUAAGAAAAAAUGCUGUUUAUAAUAAUGCUAUGAAAAAUGAAGGGAUUUCGGAUUUAUGGUCAGCUUAA